AUGGAAAAAAAGAACAGGUGGAAGGAAAGUAAGAGCACAACACUUUUUAAAGUACCUCGAUAUAUUCCCCAAGAAGAUAUAAUAGAUGAUGAUGAAUUUUACACAAGAAGGGACGAGAAUGAGCAAGUAAAAAAAAAUGACUCUCCUCCAUUGAAGAGAAGUAACAAAAAUGACGCUACUACAUUUGAUGAAGGCCUUUAUAUACAAGAUAAAAAUGAACGUUCAGAUAAAAACGAACGUUCAGAUAAAAACGAACGUUCAGAUAAAAACGAACUUUCAGAUAAAAACGAAGAAUUGAUUGUGGAUUCGGAUCUUGACUUGGAGGAAAAUGAGAAGAUAUGGUUUACAAAUUUGUUAAAGAAACAAACUGAAGAACAUCCUAAUUUUCAUAAAAAUGUGAGAAAAUCUGUAUCGCAUGCAAAAUGGGUGUGUGUGUCAGAAUCAGACGCUGAAGAAGAUCGCGGGAAAAGUUCCCUUGGCAAAUAUGACAAUUCUGAAAGUGAAAAUGAUAAUGAUGAAAAUGACCAUUCUGAAAAUGACGAUGAUGAAGAAGAAGAGGAAGACGAAGUUGUUAUAAGCGCCGAUGGAAUAUUUAAAAAUAUUUAUCCGUUCUUUAAAACAGAGGAAGACCCAACCUAUAUGACAUAUAAAAAACAGCUCCAAAAAAUUACCAAGUAUAAGUCUUAA